AUGUCAUCGGAAGCACUCACCUCACCACCCGCCACAUCGGCACCCGAAUCCAACACCAACAGCAAUGUACGAGACCUCAAACCCGUCAUCAAAAACGUAGACAUGUCCGACGACAUGCAGUCGGAAACCAUCGAGAUCGCCUACGACGCAUUGGAAAAGUUCACCGUGGAGAAGGACAUGGCCGGUCACGUAAAGAGGACCAUGGAUCAGAAGUUCGGUCCCACUUGGCAUGCUGUGGUGGGCCAGAGGUACGGAAGCUACGUGACUCACGAGACGAAGCACUUUAUCUACUUUUGUGAGUUGGAAAGCAGCGAGAUCGAAGCGAGAGCGGGCGAUUCCGACGAGAAUACUGACUGCGACUCUUACUUUCGAUGGCGUUUGACGGAAAGCAGACUUGGGACAGAUGGCAUUCCUGCUUUGGCGUGCAUAGACGUUUCGGUUUGUUUCCUCACAGCACACUGUCGGGCUAUCCGCGUCAUUGUCGUAAUGCAACUUUCUAUCUUCUCCGCUCGAGUCUUCGAUGGAAUGCGUGUGUGUGUGCAGAACCUCCGCACGCAGAACUAG